AAUUAAUCUGCGAAAUCAAAUUUGUCAAAAAAAAGAUUGCAACCAAACAAGGAUAAUAAAAUAUUUAUUGAAAUAUAUGUGAUAAAUAUACGAAAAUUGCUUACAUGUACAACAUUCCGACCAAUCCGUCCACCGUGUCAUAGCGUAGUCCGUCCGCGUCGAACAUUAAACACCAGGAGAUGAGAUAAUAAGUGCUGAUGAGCGCCGCUCGCUCGUUUUUGACUACAGAGAAUCCCAAAUCAAAUAACUGUAGAUAUGACUCGCCCGGGGCCGCCGAGCGAGAACCUGCCCACAGUGAAGCUGGUGGUGGUGGGGGACGGCGGCGUAGGCAAGAGCGCCAUCACCAUCCAGUUCUUCCAGAAGCUGUUCGUGACGGACUACGACCCCACCAUUGAGGACUCCUACAUACAGCACACAGAGGUGGACGGCCAGUGGUGCAUACUAGACGUGCUGGACACCGCGGGGCAGGAGGAGUUCAGCGCCAUGCGGGAGCAGUACAUGCGCAAGGGCGACGGCUUCCUGCUCGUGUACUCCGUCACCGACAAGCAGAGCUUCGAGAACAUCCGCCACUUCCACACGCAGAUCCUGCGCGUCAAGGACCGCGAGACGUACCCCAUGCUGGUGGCGGCCAACAAGGUGGACCUGGUGCACCUGCGCGCCGUGAGCGAGGAGGCGGGCCGCGAGCUGGCGCGCGCGCUCAACGCGCCCUACAUCGAGACCAGCGCCAAGGAGCCGCCGCUCAACAUCGACGCCGCCUUCCACGAGCUGGUGCGCAUCAUCCGCAACCACCCGCAGCAGGAGGACAAGCAGCGCCGCCGCCGCAAGCUGUUCGCCAAGUGCGCGCUGCUCUGAGCCUGUGCCGCUGCAGCCCUGCCGCCCUGCCGCCCUGCCGCCCUGCCGCCCUGCCGCCCUGCCGCCCCUGCCGCCGGGUUCGCCUGUCACAGGAUGUUGCGAAGUUUGGCAUUUUAUUGUUUUCCAAAGUAACAAAGCAGCCGCGCGUACAACAUGCGAAAAUCAGUACAACUGUAUGAGAAAAUGUUCUAAAAUGUCACAUUUUCAAAUUAGAAGCUAUUAUAACUAUACAAGUCUUUCCAUCUAUAUGGAGCUUUUAUGUAUUCGCACACUGCAUGAAGAAAUAUGUUCUACUUAUUGUGUGUACUUUAUGUGACGAUUUAUUUGUAAGUAUACACACAUGAUAUACACAUGUGUAUACCCUGGCUUUGUGUGUAGAUGUAAUAGAUUAGAUGGAUUUGAUUUGAUUGAAUGGCUAAUAACAGUAACCUCAACUCACACUAGCGGUUACGCUAGACUAUUCACUAACUGCUGGCUUUCAAGUAAAGUAACUGCCGAGUUGUUUUUAUCGAUUUAGGAUUGAAACUAUACAACUUCAGUAUAGCAGCAUUGUAGAGUAUGUGUGCAGUGAAACACUAAACAUUGAGUCAGAUAAUACCCAAAUGAGUACAGCUUUUCAAUUUGUAUUAUUAUCAGCGCAGUGUGAGCUCCAGUAUUCUCUUUUUUCCCAAAGACAAAGAGACAGCUUAAAAUUGCUCUCUUUUGUUACGAUGUGAUGGCGAGAGUGACAUGCAGACAAACUGUAGUGCGGCAUAAAAGAGUAGAAGUUAAUGCAAUUGGAACUAAUAAACUCGCUGCGUGGCAACACCACAUUUACUGUCAUUAUCACAAACAUCUGUCAAUAUAGAGCAACCAAUUACUAUUGAUAGAUUUAUCAGAUUGUUAAAAGCAAAGAUACAAUGGCCGCCACGAGAUACUAUGUUUGUGAAGUUAGCAACAAAUGACUGCGCAAUGAAUCAACAACGGUACAAACGGCGCAGGCGGGAGUCUAUACUCAUUCCGCUGCUAACUUCACAAACAUAAAGAUCCGUGACGAGCACUGUAGAAAUUCAGAUAAUUACCUGAUGAAUUACAGUAAAUAACAUUUAUUUAGAUGAGAUUUGGUCUUCUCUUUUAUUUUAAUGAAUGUAAAUCAUGAAAUCAGCUAUCUCAGUACCCAUAACAUUAUACUUAUUAAUUUAAUUAUAUAAGAUAGCACUUUAUUUUCCAUCAUCUUAUUUAAAAUGACUACGGCGCCCUCAUUUAUUAUCUACUCUUUAGUGUCGCACUGUAUCUCGUCUCGUAGCGCGUCACAGACCUCCUGAAUCCGGUUGAAAACAGAUGAAUUUGCUCCAAAGCAGUAUUGGCGGGUGAUUUAUGUCACUUUGUACAGAUUCAGUAAAAACUAAAAACCAAAGUUUAAUAAAAAAUUUACAAAAAUUUAGUCAUUACCAAAGAUAGGCUAAGAGCAACAGCUAGGAACGACCGAUAUGUUUUAUUGCUGUAAGAGACUAAACCCAA